AUGGGGCGUGCAAAACUGAAGAUGGAACUAAUAACCAAAGAGAAAUCAAGGAAUGCAACAUUCAAGAAAAGGAAAGAAGGUUUAUUGAAAAAGUUAUAUGAAUUCACUACUCUUUGCAAUGUCAAUGGACUUAUGAUUAUGUAUGGGCCUAAACAAGCCAAUGGAUCUGACUCUAACCCUGAGAUUUGGACAAAUAGCAGUGGCAAUAGUAUAACAACUAAAAGCUUACAAGAACAAGAGAUUCAGAAUCUCAUCGAAGAGUAUAAAAAGGAGAAUAGUUUGCAAUCUGGUAGUACUAAAACCUUUGGAUUGUCUGAUUAUUUCGUUGAUCGAAACAAGAAAGUUGAGGAAGAGUUUAUCAAGUUGAGAAAGAUGAACAUGGAAAAAAAAUACCCAUGUUGGCUAGAGUUUAUGGAUCAGUUAUCUGAGUUUAAGUUGAGGGAAUUUUUAACUUUGUUGGAUGACAAAGUUGAAAACGUCAAGUCUAGAAUUAAUUUGCUUAAAGGGAAUUUUUCUAGUGAUUAUUUGAUGGAAGGAGAAAUGAUUGAUUUGGCAGGAGGACAAGCAACAAGAUUAAGCCAGUUGACUCAUUACAAUGAUAAUAAUGUAAUGGUUCAAGGAGGAAUGGAAUUUGGAGAUUAUAAUCAUCGUGAACAAUUGCAAGCUCCAACUUAUCCUUACUGUAAUUCCAUCGUUAAUCAUCAAGAAAUGAUGAUGUUAAUGAUGAAUGAGAAUGAUUGGCAGUAUAAUAAUAAUGGUGCAUCAUCAUCCUCUGGAGGCAUUGGCGCCAAUAAUAUGAGGUGUGCAUUGAUGAAGUAUGAAACUAUGAUGACUCAUAACAUGAUGGGAGGUAAUAAUCAAUUGACAUACGCAGCUCCAACAAUUCUGCAGCCAACUCCAUGCAUGAUGAUGUCAAAUGCUAUGCCCCAAAUGCAACAGUCUUGGAGAGAUAACGAGCCAGAUGAGAAAGCAAAAUUUUCUCCUUACAUGAGAAAGUAG